AUCUAAGUUGGAGGUUGAAGACUGUUCCGAUAUUAUCUCCAGUCUGGAAGGUUGUUCAAAUGCUGAGGUCACAUCCAGAGAAACGAGUUUCUUAAAUGAAGUUGCACAUGCUUAGUGCCAGCUUGCCUCCUCCUAGUCAGAGCCCCUUUCCUAAAGAAAGAUGGCUGCCGUCAAACAGAAGAGACUUACAACUGAAGUUAAAGAUAAGAAAAGAGCCAAACCAUUUGAGCAGCCUUCCUCACCAGUUCAAGAGGAGCCAGAGCCUGUGAGCUGUGUACUGCAAGGAGAUGAAAUCCAGGCUCUAGCCAUAAAGUUGGAAGACCUGGCAAAGCUUCGUACUGCACAUCUUGCUCAAGAAGAGAAAGAGAAACCUUCUGUGACCAAGAAGUUUAUUGUUCGCAGAUCCAGGCCCCAGGAGCAUGGGAAAAAAGCACAUUUCCUGGUUGCUUAUCCAGCUCUCUCAGAUGAAUCCAAGAAAACAUUGAAUUAUCCUGGUUUAGAAGGACCAGUAAUUGAUAACUAUGGCUAUAUCCUCCCACACAGCAUCUUAGGGACUCUCCAGGAAUUCAAGCAAGAAGCCUUAAGAAGAGGGCACUCUCAGACAGCACGACUGGUUCCUGAUGAAUCACAGCUGAUGAGUGCGGUCCCUGUUUUCGGGAAGUAUCGAGAGAAAUAUGAGCGAGAAAAGAAGAUGGCCCAGACCCAUUCAUCACAGCACAUGGCUCUUCAGAACUGGCAUCGCAACAUGGCACUCCGGAGGAAGCAGCAGAAAAAACUGUGUGAUUAUCUUCAGAAAUCAGAAAGUGAACUGCUGAUGAACUUCUCAGAGAAUUAUAGGAGAAUCCAAGAACAGCGGACUCUGAUUGAGCGCAGCCUCCCAGCUCUGUAUUUUGGAAAGGGCUUCCAUGUAGGGAGUGAAUUCUGGACCCAGCCUGUGCACAUCGGGGAUGAGCUCACUGGCCUGACGGUGACCCUGGGGCAGACCGAAUGUGGCUUCCCAGAAGAAGUCACUCAUGUUGGGAAACCUCGCAGCAUCUGGAUGGAGAUGGGAACGAGACCUCCGAAAUACCUCCCUUUCCAUCAUGCAUGGGAGAAGAGUCUCUUCCUUAAGCAUCGUCGAAAUGAGUUAAAGGAGAUCUUAGAAAAGCUUGAUUUUUAUAACCCGGACCUGGAUGGGCUUGAAGUCAUAGGCAGAAAUCAGCCCUUCACCAGCGUGUCAGCAGAGAGGAUCUCGCCCUGUGACGCAGACAAAGGAAUUGUUGAAGAAGGAGAAAUCCAGGACCCAUUAGAAGCCUAUCCAGAUGUUUUCUUAGAACCAGUGUUGGGGCCAUCUCUGAAGUUCUGUGGCGAACCUGCUCGCUGGAUCAACACUACUUCUCAUGUGGGUGAGGUUGGCAUUGCUGCCCGUGUCACCUUUGAAAUUCUGGUAGGUGAGAAAGCCGAAUCUGUCCUCACAGUGAACAAUGAUGGCACAGCUGCCAUCUGGUAUGAUUGGCGGAGGCUACCUCAUCCCUUUACAUUUCAAGAGAAAAAGGAGAAAAGGACACCGCAUUUUUACUUUAACACCAGAUCAGGAGUUAUUCUACCUGGAGAAACCAGGAGGUUUUCCUUUAUCUUCAAGUCAUUGAAUGCAGGCAUCUUCCGGGAGUCCUGGGAGUUUGGUACCCACCCUAUGUUAUUAGGAGGUGCUGCCUUGCAAGUGACCCUGUGGGGAGUUGCUCUGUAUGAAGAUAUCUCAGCUAAGAUAAGGAAAGAGCUGGAGAGAGAGCUAGAAGAUCAGGAAAUUGCUUUCAUAGUGGAAGAGAAUCUGAAGGACUUGCUUAAUCGAAUCCAUACACCAGAGCGAGUACGGUCUCCUCUGGAUGCGUAUGUCACAGAGGAAGAGUUAUUCUACAGAAAGAAUCCAGAGUUGCACUACCAUCACCAGGUGGUCAGGGGGCUGCAUGAGCUGUGGAACAGACUCAUGAAUCCUGCUCCAGUGACGGAGUCAUAUGCCUUCGAGGGACUGAUGAAGAGCACUGGCAGCGACUCCUCUCCGGCAAAGAGUGUUGCAGACUUGCCGAAAAGUCCUGAGGAUACUAAGAAUGCAUACUCAACUGUUUCAGGAGAAAGAAAGUCUGUGUUAGAGGAGCUGACUGUCCAGCCAAGCAGCAUAGAGGUGGAGGUGGUGACCCAAGUGGAGGACAUGAUCCGGGUGGAGUGGAAUCUUUCCAUUUGUGAUUUUAAACAGACGGUGCUGACAGUUCCUGAGGAAGAUGAACGAGAAGCUGCCCUGGCCCAGCUCAAUAAAGCGGCAUUGGAGCUUUGUGCCAAGCCAAUGAUACCUCAGGCUGACCUCCAGUACCAGAUCUGGUGUGUGGUUGAUGGGACUUAUUUCUUAUCGUUCUGGUUUGUCCAGCCACUGAAGCUCUCAGACUCACUCACAAAACAAGACUUAAAACCUUUUCAGCUGUGGCGUGAAGUCAUAGAUGGUUUGGUGAGCCGCUCACUAGGGCUCAGAUCACUGCUUGGCAUGCCCGAGAAGGACACUCACGUCGAGGUUAUCCCAGAGGAAACAGUUGAAGUAAAACCAGUUGUUGUAAAGCAAGGGAAAGAGGACCGGAAAGUUCAGAAAGAAGAAAAGAAGACUGCUCCGAGGGAAAAAGAAAAAGGGAAGGCAGUGAAAGAGCAGGAACGCCCGAACAGCAAGAAAAGCAAAUUGAAAGAAGACAGAAAAACAAGAAGUAUUGCAAAGGAGUCAAAGGAAGCAACACUUGUUUCAGUAGAAGUUAUAGAAAUAGAACCCCAAGAACUUCAGCAAGAGCAAGUGGAUCCAAUUUUGCAGGAAAAAUACCAUGAGAAACUUUAUGUUGAAGUGUAUGGAUUGCUGAAUUCAAUGGUGGACAAAAUGGUUUUCCUCUUUGAGGGGCUGAAGAAGGAUGCUCCAGAGAAGAAGAAUAUAGUAGCUUUUGUUUAAUUAGUACUGAUUUCAUAAUG